AUGGUCGCCGUUUGGGUUGUGGAUGGGGAAAUUUCGUUUCCACAGGAUAUAGAAAUGGGAGAAUUUGUCGGAGUCGGACCCAUAUAUGUGGAGAAUCCGUGGAUAUCGCUCGACCAGGAACUUCUUGCCGAUCUCGACGUUUUAGUUAUCUCAAAGGCUAAAACAUUGUCAACUAUCAUGAAUGAUCAUUUCCCGGACGCGCUCGCAAUCUCGUUCAUCAGUCAUCAGAUUCUUAUAGAGCUGAUCGAGACAAAGGUUGGCCUGAGAUAUUACAAUGACCCAAUUCACGGGCCUGGAGUCAAGCGCCCGAAGCCGAACACGGAUAGGUUCCGUGACGAAUACGACAACACCGACUAUUUGAAGUCCCAGGGAUGUUUUCAUCCAGGUUCCAUGAUGUCUUUUGGAGAAAAUAGGAUAUUCACCGCAGGAAUUCAAGUUAAAAGGCAAUAUGAUACCAGGGUGACGGUACCGAUCUCCUUGUGGGACAAGAAACUUCAACCCGAACUCCGACGUGGAAGCCACGCCGUCAAGCAAGGAGGCUAG